AUGGUCGGCUCGCAUCUCCAUCAUGCUUUCCGCUCCUGGUUCAAGGAAACCGAGAAGGAUGGCACUCCACUUCUCCCUGUUCAGCUCUCCAAGAAGUACGACGUGCUGCCCCAGGUGUUGGGCCAAGGCUCCUUUGCCGUUGUCAAGGCCGUCGUGGACAAAUCCACCGGCGAGCAACGCGCUCUCAAAAUUAUCGCCAAAAAGCCGCUUAAGGAUGACAACGAGAAGAUGCUCAAGGAGGAGAUCACCAUCCUCGGCAAAGUGGAGCACCCCCACAUCAUCAAAAUGUGGGACCUUUACGAGACAAAGGAAGGCGUCUUUAUCGUCACUGAUCUCUGCCGCGGCGGCGAGCUCUUUGAUCGUCUCGUCGAAAAGGUGCACUACAACGAGCUUGACGCCCGUCACAUCAUGAAGCAGAUUCUCCAAGGCGUUGCGUAUCUCCACGAUCACGACAUCAUCCACCGCGACCUGAAACCCGAGAACAUUCUACUCCGCGACAAGUCGGACCCCAGCGACAUUGUCAUUUCUGACUUUGGCCUUUCACGCUUCAUCCCCGACGAGGGUCUUCUCAUGACAGCCUGUGGAUCUCCACAGUACGUCUCGCCCGAGGUGCUCCUCGGCAAGGGUUACGACGCUGCUGUCGACAUCUGGUCGAGCGGUGUGAUUGCAUAUGCCCUCCUCGGCGGUUACACACCCUUCUAUGGCGAAGACCAGCCCUCGCUCUUCCAGCAAAUCCUCAAGAUGCACGUCCAGUUUGAACCAGAAUACUGGUCCGAGGUAUCCGACACCGCCAAAGACUUUAUCUUGCGCUGUCUUUGCCCAGCCGACAAGCGAAUGUCAGCUCACGAGGCUCUCACCCAUCCGUGGCUUGCCAACCUACCGCCACUCAACGAGCAGAGCGCCAAAGGUGCCUGCCUCAAGGAUCGCGCCCUUCGCAACCUUACCGCUAUGCGUAAGCUUCGCAAGGCCGUCACCGCUGUCGAAGCUGUCAACCACCUCCAGCGCCUUCAUACGCUCCGUCAGCAAAAUGGCGACGCUCUGCCUCAGAAACAGCAAUCGCUGCUCAGCAUCGCAAGCUACAUCGAAUCACACAAUCGAGGCCAGUCGCAUUUGCCUGACCCACUCGAUGCCAAUGCCAGUGCUUCGGCUUCUCCUCGCCUCCACGCGCCUGAGACUGUGUCAGACGAGCCUUCAGGGGAGCUUCCCGCCGAUGUCCACGCUGACAAACCGCACACAAACGAGCGUCGCGAUUCCGCUAUGGCGCUCGAUCUGACCGUCAUGAUGGCAAUCCUGCCCGAAAGUUGGAGCCGUCCUGCCUCUGCCUCUGCCUCUGCCUCCAGCUCCAACUCCAACACCGCCUCACCUCGUGGAGCGGGUACAGCAGCCGUAGCUGAAGCCGCACAGUCCACUAUCAAUCGAGGUCGCGAUCCAACAGCGUCUCCGCAACCCAGAAACCAAGACGCAGAUGCUGGCAAACGCGACAGCGGUGUAAUAGCUGACGGUGAGGCCAGCCCCUCGGCUUCCUCGUCCACCGGUCAGUCAGAAGCCACUGUUCGACCGUCAGCUCAACCACCUGCUACUCCGGCCAACCAGCCUCGUCGUGCUAGUCGCACCGUCAACCCUAAGGACAACGAAUCCACCAAGACGCUCAACUCGCUCUUAGACCAAUAUGGAAAGACCGAAGUGCCUGCUUCGGCGCGUCUCAACCCAACGGCCAAGAGGACGCAGCCAACCAAACUCACCUUUACCAAUGCGUGGCGCUAUCUUCCCUUACUUGUAUCGCAAGGCGUCACCAUCGGUACUGCCGUCGCGUCACAUGCCAUCUACGGCCCACCUAAAAAGUCGUGGGGUAUCGAAACCUCGGUGUUCACCAGAGUGUUGCGUGAUGUUGCCGCGUACUCAGAAUUCGCCUCUAUCGAGGGUCUCCAGAGCUUUUUUGACCUUGGCGCCUUCCUGCCUACACCCAAAGACGGCCUGAUCACUCCGGUGACUUUUCGCGUGAAGAAGCGCGGCCUACGCGGAUUCCUCGCCGAAGCCGACGCCGCCGAGGACGGCAAGCGCGAGAUCAGCGCAGAGUGGGUUGUUGGCAAGCAAACUUGGCGCCGACUUCAGGCAGAGUGGCGCAGUGGCAAGCAAAAAGGCAAGGAACGCGUCAUCCUUUACAUUCACGGAGGCGCCUACUUUGUCAUGUCGGCCGCCACGCAUCGGCCGCUCACCAUCUCGCUCUCCAAGUACACCGAGUGCCGUGUGUUUGGUAUCAACUACCGUCUUGCUCCGGAGACCAAAUUCCCAGGUGCUUUGCACGACUGCGUUGCAUCCUAUUUCCGUCUCACUGACGACCUUGGCAUCCCACCCAGCAACAUAGUGCUCGGCGCCGAUAGCGCGGGCGGUGGACUGGCUCUCGCGCUCAUGUACUACCUCCGCGACAACGACUACGAAUUGCCCAGCGGCGCCAUGCUUUUCAGCCCCUGGGUUGAUCUCACCAUGUCGUGCGACUCGUGGGACACCAACGCCGAAUUCGACUAUCUGCCUAUGCCCAAGUCGGGUGAUCACAUGAACCCAGUCUGGGCAUAUCUCGGAGAGAACAUCGACAAGUAUAUCACUCACCCUUACGUAUCUCCGCUCUUUGGUGACAUGCACGGACUGCCUCCGCUUCUCAUUCAGUGCGGCGAUGCCGAGGUUUUGCGCGAUGAGGUCACCUUGCUCGCCCACAAGGCUUCUCUAUCGGGUGUUGCCGUCCGCCACGAGCUGUACGAGGACUGCGUCCACGUCUUCCAGGCGUUCCUCUUCCUCGAUGCCAGCCGCAAAGCGCUACAGAGCGCUAGGCAUUUCGUGCGCACUGCGCUCGAUAAGCGGGGCAAGUCUCGUUCCUCGUCAACGGCUAAAAGCAGCGAGUUGGCUGUCAACAAAGAAAUGGCUAGCGGUUCGAUGCAAACUACGCAAGGAAACAAGGCUGACCCUGCCACUGGUGAGGAGCAAGUAGCCGGCAGUAAAUCCGAGGCUGACUCAUCCAAAACCAAGGAGACCGCCGACGUUGUGACGUCCAGCACAUUGUCCGGUGCGGUUGAUGGCGGCAUCAAAGAAAUUGUGUCUCUGCCACACUCGCGCUCAGACGGUGAUGUUGACGACGACGAUGACGAAGGAGAGGGAGGAACGCUGCCUGCUGACGAAGAGGACUGGGAGCUUCACAGACGGUCCUCGGUCGAAGACGGCAGGGUUGAAGCGAAAGCGGCUGGUCUGCCGGCCAAGAUAGCUCAGAAAGCGCUUGGAGCUGACGAUAAGGCGGUGACCGAGGCCACCAGUGAGGGCACCAAGCAAGAGAAGCAGAAGGAGCAGCGACAAGAGGCGUCCAGCUCGUCUGCUCAGAGCUCGUCGUUCCCGCAGAUGACGAUUGAAGAGGCCCGUUUACGUGGUCAGGCAGGCAUGCAGCAGCAACUCUCGUCUGAUGCACCGGCCUUGAGUAAGUUCCACGCGCCAGCCAAGCCACUGACUCCCAAGAUGCGACGAUCCAGCAGCGGCAAGGAGCUCACCACGCUGCUCAAAUCGUUCGAAGAGAGUAAGAAGAGCGGCGGCUCGGGUCUCAAGACCAACGUAUGGACUCCUUCGAAUUCUUAA